AUGUCCUUGCGACUUCUGCCCGAUGGGACCUCCCUUCCCGCAUCCCUGUCGUUCCCCAAGCUUCGAUAUCUCUCUCUUGAUACCUCCUCAUCUUCUCUUGCGUUUUUGUCUCGAUGUCCGGCCCUGGAAUGUGUCAAGCUGUUCUAUUACCCGGGAGCGGUGUAUGCGUUUGGUUUCAAUCAGUUCGAGGAUAUGUGCCAGGCCUUGAAAAGGGGUGGAUCAAACAAGACGCUACGCAUUCUCGAUUUUGCCGGACAUUCAUGGAGCACUCGAUUAUAUCUGCUCGCUGCUACGAAACUCACUCAGCUGCCAUUGGAAAGCCUGGAAGUCGUCAAUAUGAACCAUAGCCCCCUCAAUCAUCCGCCCGAGCUUCUCGAAGAUGUUAUCAAUCAGCUCCUGAAUUCGGUACCAACGCUGCGCGCGCUUGGCCUACUCCAAACAACACCGGGCUACGAUCCAUCAGGUGACGAUCAAGAUCAAUGGAAAUUGCGCAGCAUCGCGUGGGAAGCCGGAAUCGUGGAACACAUCUGGCCUCGUGGACCAAAGCUUGACUACAUAUCCUUUGCCGGGAAGGAAUCAGGCAUUGUACGACGCCUGUGGACAGCUGAUAUAAUCAGCAGCCCACACGACCCCACGAAAACAUCGUACCAAGCAAGGUUGUUGCAAGAAACAGUCUUAUGCGGCUCCAGAUUCGAAGGUGCACAUUCUGGGUUUCCACUUGCCGUGGAUGAGGCUUGGGCAGAAUUUGUGGACUAG